UAUGUCACUAACCUAAAACUACCCAAAACUGAUAAUUUUCCUAAAAAAAAUAGCGAAUUAUCGAGAAAAUACCUUAAACAACCCUUCAAAAUGACAUCUCGAAGGGUAGAGGAUACUCAUCAGCAGAUCCUGAACAAGCUGCUCUCGGAGUCAGGGUUGGAAUGCUUCAGGACAUUGGUGCAGUCUCCUGAAUCAUACACCAGCUCCGAGGCUGCUGAAGAAGGCGGUCGUGUGGAAGAAAUAUCCCCAAUACCCAUCGAGUCCCCGCCAGAGGAACAGCCUAAGAUGGUGGUGGAGGAAGAGGUCCCGGAGGUCGAACCAGAGAUAUUCCCCUCUGCCUCCCUGCGAUUCCCACUGCCAGAUAAAGUUAGGGCUCUUGAGAAGCAGAAUAGAAUCUUCGUCCUCCCUGAGGACCUAAAAACCAGCAUAGACCCUCAAGCGAUACCUAAAAUAAACACCACACCGCAACAGAAGUGUAUCGAUAUGCUGGGAGAACUCCUCGGCUGCAAGAGGUACAAGAACUGCCUGGCUGAGUACUGGUUCCUGGACACCUUGGCCAACUUGCUGAGGAGGGCACAGGAGGAGGAGAUGGAUAGACCAACUCAAGCAAUACUGAUGAUUUGGUUCUGUCAAUGGAUGAAGGAGAUGCAAUACUUUGAUGCUGCAGACAGGCAGCGCAUGAUGAGGAGGUUCCAGGAAAAUAUGUUAGCAGCAGCGAAGUUCGUGGCACAAACCGACCACAUCCCCACCCCAUUUCACGCGGGGAUUGUUUACAAAUCCCCAGAAGAUGAAAUAAAGGAAACGCACGCUCCCACAAAACUAGAUUCCAAACAUCUAGUCCAUUUCGCCGGCACUAACUUCGAAUGUUGCAUGCGUGAUCUAGUCAAGAUUAUUCACUAUAUCUUCGAUCUUUUCAGCACAGAUUACCAAUACAACCUAGUGCGUUCAGUGUUUACCUUCACCCCCGACUACGUCCAAAUAGAUGGGCCGUACCAGAUUCAGGUUCCAAAGCGAUUGUACUCACCCGUCAAGGCGAAAGCUAAAAAACCUGAGAAAUCUCCUAAAAAGGAUGCUAAGGUAGUGAAAGGAAAGAAGAAAGAGGAUACGGAAGAGUAUUUGGCUUUGAUGGAGUUAAAAGCAAGAGACGAAAAGCUCUUAGAAGAACAAGAAGAGCAUGACAGAGAAAUGUGGCUUCUCAGGAGUUCCAUCUUACCCCUAUCUUUCGCUGGUACUGAGGAGUUCUUCGACGGAUACUGGCCAGCACCUCCCCCUCCUCCCGAGCCUGACCCGGCUAUUGAAACCCCCAAGAGUAAAGGAAAGGGUAAAGGUAAGAAGUGAUUGAAGGGGGGUAAGAGUGAAACGUGGGGUAAAGGUAAAAUGUGGGGUAAGGGUGAAACGUGGGGUAAGAGUGAAACGUGGGGUAAGGGUGAAACGUGAGGUAAGGGUGAAACGUGGGGUAAAGGUAAAAUGUGAGGUAAAGGUAAAAUGUGGGGUAAAGGUGAAAUGUGGGGUAAGUGUGAAACGUGGGGUAAGGGUGAAACGUGGGGUAAAGGUAAAACGUGGGGUAAAGGUAAAAUGUGGGGU